AUGCUUUCACUCAUGAGAUCAGAAUAUGAGAGUCUUUGUAUUUCUGACCCAAGGCAAGGAGUAGGGAGCCAUAUAUCAGCACAACCUGUGAUGACUCAGCCUGGCUGGGGAGUCUAUGACAGGACCACCAUCACAACUACUGCACAGAUAUCAGGGGACUGGAGCACUAGCCUCUUCAAUGUUUGCAGUGACAAAAAAAUUUGUUUCUGUGGUGUCUUUUGUACCAUGUGUCUUGAGUGUAACAUUGCAAGGCAUUAUGGGGAAUGUUUAUGUUGGCCAUUAUUACCCAACUCUACCCUUGCAUUAAGAGUAGGCACCAGAGAGAGACAUAAAAUACGGGGCACUCUCUGUGAAGACUGGUUGGUUGUGCACUGCUGCUGGCCCUUUUCUGUCUGCCAAAUGGCUCGGGAACUUAAGAUGAAGACAACCCAAAUGGAUGAAGUCUGUACAGCUCCUUCAACUCAAAUUUUUGGGGCCCCUGGAACUAAAGAGUUAACUGUUUGA